AUGCUCGAGGAAGGUGACGGACUCGGAAUUGAAGGCGUCGACCGCUGGACAAUGCAUAAAUGGUGCUUGCUUUUGUCUGUGUGCAGCGUCUUGGUCUAUGGCGUGGCCGGUCUCGUCUGUGCCAUCAUGACAUGGUUUCGGACUUGGGAACGUGCAGAUGUGAUGUACGUCGCGGACAACGACAUCCUGAUUCUCAUCACACUGGCGUCAUCGAUUCUGCUCCUGAGCUUUCUCGUCGGGAUCAGCGGCACUGUCUUGAACUCUCGUCCCAUUCUGGCAGUAUAUGCUCUCCUCCUCUGGCCAGCGUUCCUGUCAAUCCUUGCCAUAGGCUAUAUGGCCUACAAGAGGAACACCUUCUCCCUCGAUCGGAAGCUCAACCUCGCCUGGAGCCAGUGGUACACGCCCGUCGGCCGGCUAAUCAUCCAAGACGCACUGCGCUGCUGCGGGUACUACGAUGCCCUGCACGAAGCCACCGCGAGCGAACAGUGCUAUCCGCGGACGCCGCUGCCGGGGUGCAAGGGCAAGCUUUACCGAUUCGAGCACGAGAACCUUGCCACCAUCUGGUCGACGGCUUUCGCACUCGUGCCGAUGCAUGUGCUGAACAUCGCCAUCUCGCUCCUAUGUGCCAACCAUGUUACAAAGUCGUUUGGAAAGGGCAUCAUGCCGAAACAGUACUGGCUCAGCGGCGCGGAUGUCAGAGCGGGCGCGGAGAGACUGAUGAGCAGCGCGCAUCCCGUCGCGCGCCCAAGUCUUUCGAGGCCAUCGUCGAGUGGAGUGUUCCGAGAGGACCGGUAUGUUUCCCUGCCGUUUCGGGAUGGUGGUGCGCCCGAUUGUAGUAGGAGUGCGGAAGCCUGA